AUGCCGAAGGUGAAGACAAACCGUGUCAGGUAUCCAAAGGGAUGGGAAUUGAUUGAGCCCACUCUAAAUGAACUACAAGCCAAGAUGAGAGAAGCGGAGAAUGACCCGCAUGACGGGAAAAGAAAGUAUGAGGAUUUGUGGCCUAUCUUUAAAAUUUGUCAUCAGAAGAGCCGCUACAUUUUUGACCUUUACCAUAGGAGGAAGGAGAUCUCCAAGGAAUUAUAUGAGUUCUGCUUGGAUCAGGGUUAUGCAGACCGUAAUUUAAUCGUGAAGUGGAAAAAGCCUGGUUAUGAGCGGCUCUGUUGUUUGAGGUGCAUGCAACCUCGGGAUCACAACUUCCAAACCACAUGUGUUUGCCGAGUGCCUAAGCAUCUAAGGGAAGAGAAGGUUAUAGAAUGUGUGCAUUGCGGUUGCAAAGGUUGUGUUAGCGGAGAUUGAGUGUUUAU